CCUGGCAGCCUCCAGCCUGGUUCACCAGCGCCAGUGCGAUGCCCGCACAGAAGGAACGGCUCCGAGAAGGGACGGGUUUGGGGGCUGCGGCGGCACUGGCAUCCCCCUGCUCCGGCCAGGCUCAGAAAAGUUCCCUGCCGCUCUGCCAGCCCUUGCUGCAGCUCUUCUAUUAAAAAAUCCAAGCUGCUUUGGAAGUCCUAGAACGUCGGUUUUGCAAGGAAAAGUGCCUUAUGGCAGGAAUCCAGCAUCUAAGCAUUUGACCUGAGAUUCCCGUUCCGGCUUCUGCAGCCUGCUGCCCCAUCUGUUGGCCAACUCCCGCACUAGAGCAAGGUGGGAUGAGAGAAAGAGAGAGAGCGGAAGAAGAAUCAGCAGAUUAACGUUAAUCCUCCAGCUUUGCUCACUUCCAGCCAGACGAGAACAGUCACCAGACUAACAACAGACUUCUUGGUCAUCGUUUCACCCCUUGACUGAGGAGAGGCCCGGAUUGUCACCCACACUCUGCAUUCCUGAAGGACCCAGCCUGCAAUCAACAGAUUAGCCUGGUAUCUCUGUGAAAGUUGUGCGAGGCUACUUCCAACCAGAACAACAGAAAAGAGCAUCACAGAGAUUCCCACUCCCUGCUGGAAGCCCAGAAGUUCCACGACAGAUGGAUUUUGUUCUCUGAAUAGCGCAGGAGGAAGGUCUGUAGUGAGAAAGGAUAGCACAAAUGAUGUGUGUGGGGGUCCUGGAGUGUGAUUGAUCUCUGUGACCUGUGCCCCCACAAAACGACCACUGCCAGAGUGAAGCCCACCUGAUCUGAGGGGCAGAAUAUCCAGUUUUGGAGAGGGCUUCAAAGAGGGCGAAGAGAUGAGUCUUGGGAAGCUGCCAGUAAUCAGUUGGGUGUCCAGCUCCCACAACAAGCGGCGACUGAAAGGAGAUCUGACAUCAGAUAUGAUCAGUCCGCCACUGGGGGACUUCCGCCAUACUAUGCAUGUGGGACGUGGCGGAGAUGCCUUUGGGGACACUUCCUUCCUGAGGAACCAUGGUGGUGAGGGAGCCAAACACAACAACUUCUUUACGCGGACACUGCGGCACGUGAGGAAGAGCCCACUAAGGAACCGGGGAAGCAGAAGUAACGAUGAGGCCUCGCCGACACCUCCUGCCGUCUCGCCAAUCAUCAAGAAUGCUAUAUCGCUGCCACAGCUCAAUGAGGGUAACUACGAGAGUGAUGGCUGUGGUGCAAAUUUCGCCUUCAAGAGCACACCUUACAGCUUCUCUGACUAUGGAUUGGAAUCUGGAUUUUGCACCAUUCCCCGUGUUCCUCGCUCAGAGAAGACACCGGAUAGCUCCUACACUAAUGAAUCAGCGCUGGCUCGAUCCGACUCCUUUCUGUCUUUCCGCCUUGAUCUCGGUCCCUCCCUCAUGAGUGAACUCCUCCACGUCAUCAGCUUCCCUGGAGACCUCAGUGGCGAAGACAGGGGAGAAGAGGAAGGUGAGGAAAGCAAAGCCCCAAUCAGCAGUGAUGCCAUCUCUCCACUUCACCUGAAGAAGAGCACCUUGGCAGAGGACUCUUUGCCCUGGAGGUCAGGGUCACUGCACAGCAAUUGUGAAGACAGCAAGGUCUCUUCAGGCUUUUGGAGUCACUCUGAAGCUAGCUUGCCACUAGGACACUCAAUAUGCACCAAUGGAGAUUCUCAUUCCAUAGAGUUGUCCCAGGAAGGGUCACCCUGUUCUAGGGGAAAGAGCUCUGACCCAGGAGCAGUAGCCACUGAACGAAAACCGACCCCCUGGCAAGAGCACCAGAAUAAUGACUGCAACACCGAAGCAAGAGAAUUUGACCGUUCCACCCAGGUUCUAGCUUGCCGUUAUGGCCCAGGAAGCACAUAUCACAGCCUGCAACAACAGGAUGAAUCAGGAAACCAGGCUUCAUGGGAAAGCCCAGAUCCCAGCUUAUGGCGCUCAAAGGUGGGCGUGGCAGUACAGCAGGCACACAAAGCUGGAUGGCACCAAAGAGCAGAGGAAGAAGAGGAGGAGGAAGAAGAAGAUGAUAUCUCAGGAGACUGUGUAGCCAUUGCCAGAGAGGCACACAGUGAUUCCUUUGAAUAUGUUGAUGAGGACGAGGAAGAUGAAGUUAAAGUCUGAAUAGCUUCCCAGAGACAUAAGAGUUAAUGAAGCAAGGACAGCUGGCAGACUGAGGGUGAACUCCCAGGGUUAAGUUUGUUUGGAGAUUUUUUUUUCUGGGGGUAUAGGUGGCGGGUGCAGGAAGGAGCUCGUUUCUAUGUCCUGUUCCCCAUACCCAACUUGAGCAUUUUAAGAAACAGAUCAGAAAAAACCAGAACCAUAGAGACCAGGUCAAGUCCCUGUUGCUGUUUCCUUGCAGUCUCUUCUCUGGUAUGCAGCCAGCAUUUAAGGAUAUUAAUGAGUUCACAUCCUCCUUUAUCCCCAUUGCCUGGCUGAUUCUAUUACUGCAGCUUGUGCCACGACCCCUCCACACACUGAUAGAAAGAAAUUAUUCUUGAUAAAAGAAAAAGCCAAUGGGACCACCAGUGGGACUCUCUGCAUCUGUGCUGCACAGUUAUAGGAAGGGAAGGAUGGGGAAAGGGAGGAAAUCUGAGGAAGGAAGAUUAGGAAAACCCACAGGAUGAGAGCACAGUUACAUGUAACACUAUCUACUCAGGUAUCCGAAGAUGCCCGUUGCCUAAGGUAAAGAUCACCAAGGCUUUUUCCUCCAGUCAGAUAUGCAGACAUCAAGAAGUUUCUCCUCUUUUGUUUCCUGACAUCAGAAUUAAUUUGGACCUAAAAGGAGCUUUUGGGUAUUCCAUCCAUUUUUUUCAUUUGUCAGAUUCCAGUUAGACCAAGACAAUUCAUUUUGCAUUCCAGUGAAGAAAUGUUGCCCGCUUCUCCUGCAAGUAAUAACCCUAAAUCCAUUUCUAUGAAGUUAUAUUGAUCCCUGCUUCAAAGAAUUCAGAAACCAUCUUUGUCACCUAGAGAGGAUAUAGGAGACUUGUUUUGAGAACAGCAUGCAGACAAAGACCUCUUUACCCCCUUCUCUGGAUCUCCUAGAGCAGGCCUGAGCACUGCUGUACCUGAUUUUCCCAUAGUGCCCCCUACACAGAGGACCCUGUGCUCCAAUAGGGCAGCUGACCCAUAGGCUGCUUGUUCUGUGAGGAAAUGAGGAAACAGUGUUUCUCAGAAACUGACAACCGAGGUUAUGCCUUAACGUGCCUACACUAUCCAAAAGGACAUUAAUCUGACCUCCAGGGCAAUUCUAAAAAGCAUAAUGAGGUGAUAAGCCCUGAAUGUGGAUGCUUCUGAGAGACAAGAGACAUGUCUGGAAAGAAAAGUCUAGAGCCAGCUUUUUCCUGGGGGCAGUAAAUUAUUGUGGCAAUUUCCACAAAGGAAAUCGAAGGAAAACCUUCUCAUUAUCACUAUCAGGUGACUGAGUCACCUUGUUUUCAAGAUGUGCCCAACCAGAGAAGAUUGACUGUAUGAGUGUGAAAGAUGUUUCCCGAGAACAGCAGUGACCUGAGAAUCAGUCCAUCUGCCCUCACUCUGCAUAUUUUAGGAGAUAUUCACACACAGCCCUCUGCUUUUUCCAAUACUCCCCCAUCUGCAUUUUUUCAUGGUCAAAUCAUCAGAUUCUUUAGAAAGUAUUCAGAUGAGAAACAAAAUGGAUGAAGCAGAUGCCAGAAAACACCCAACUGAGGACAUCCCAACCAUGAAGAAAGAACUGUGCCAUGGCAUUAAAUAUGACUGUUAGCAGAAACCAGAUUGUAUCAGGGAACACAUUUGAUCUAUACAAAUUCAGUCUUUAAAAAAACCAGCAGCCAGGAAUAUGAAUUUGUCCUGAUCCUGUUACUGAAAAAUGAUUCCUUAAAGACUGUUCCCUGGGGGGCGGGUGUGUGUGUGUAAUCUUGUUCAGGCACCCAAGUAGCACAUGUUGGGAAAUUCAGAGACCUUCUUCCUAAUAUCAAGGAAGGGGAGCAGUCAAGCGACAAUCUCUGCACCACGCCAUGAGUUCUUUUCUCUACUUAAAUCCAGCAAGGCGGAAUAAAUUUAACUUUGCUCUCAGCUAUGUACAAGUCACACACUUUCCCCCUGUAAUCUUAGGAAUCCUUGCCUGGUUUCCCUGUCUCCUUCCUGGUAUCUCUUCUGGCCCUGGGGGUAUUGGAUCACAGUGCUGCGUGUGUGUUGCCAAGUUGGAUGCCUCUGGGCAACGUGGUCUCUCUGGAAUGAGGCAGUUAUCACAGCACUCACACAGAGAGCUCUUUGUGGCAAAGCAGAAAUGGCUGGGAGGUGAGGUCACAUGCUGCCGGUCACAUGCUGCCGGUCACAGCGCUCUGAUUGUUCACAAGCUGGCAAUGGCUGGAGGGAGCCCAUUCCUGCAUUCACUCUGGCCAGAGUGAUCAGUGAAGUGGGUGGUAGCAGGGGAGGGGAAAGCAGGAAACAACACUGGGGAUAUAAUAAAUAAGCACCGUGGCAGAAGCCCCAGCCAACUGAUGUUCCAUGGGGGUCACAGGUUGACCUCAGCCCACUGUCUCGGCAGCAUAAACUGCUGCAGCAACCUAUAAAUAGCAGCUCUGGGGACAUACAGCACAUAGUUGGCUUUAGUGCCAGGCUCAAGCUGGCCAUUAUGGUGGCAGUGUUCUUGGAAGUGUAAUCUAAGGAUCAUAAGGACUUUCUGAACAAAUGGGGGGGGGGGGCUCCUGUAAAGUCCAGAGCCUUCAGAUGAAUGUAGGAAGAAGUGAGAGGGGACCCUUGAGUAGGGCUCAUUUGCAGAUCUCACUCGGCUCUUUUGGAACUGUCAGAAAAUCUUUGAACCAAAGAUCCCGCCCUUCCCUCCUUUGUAUUCCUUGCACUUAUUAUUACUGUUAUCAUUAUUACACAUUUUUGUACAUAUGGA